AUGAAGAUCCUCGAGUCGCCCCUCAUGGGCGAGUUCAUCGGCUACCUCAAGUCCAACUGGGGCGGCAACUCGCGGGUGAGCCAGCGCCGGCGCCGGCUGCGGCAGCUGGUGGCGAUGGUGCGCGGGGUGGCGGACGCCGCCGAGGCCCGGGCCGCGGUGCGGGGCAGCUCCCUCCACCGCUGGCUGCAGCUGCUGCGGAAGGAGGCGCUGCGGGGGCAGCAGGUGCUCGACGCCACCACCGACCCCUCCGCCGUCGUCGGCUCGGCCAAGAAGUUCCUCGCCGGCCUCAAGUCCCUCUUCGUCUGCAGCGCCGAGGUCGACCGCCUCACCGACGCCGUCGACGCGCUCGAGCGCCUAGCCGGCCCCGGCGCCGACCUCGACAUCUUCUUGAAGGUGCUCCAGCUCGACGUCGACAUGGACGUCGACGACGCCGCCGCCGCUCCGGCCCCGGCCGCCCCCUUCUCGGCCGCGCAUUACGUCGACCAGGGCAGCUACUCCGUCGCCACCGCGCCCGGCGCCAAGAGGAAGCGCGCGGGGAGCUCUAGCGUCGACCAGGCCGGGGACGCCGACGGCGACGCGGACGGGGAGACCGCGCCUCACUCCCACGGCCGGGGCGUCCUCGACCGCGCGUACCGGCACAAGCGCCGGGCCCUGGCGUGCAAGCGGCACACCGGCUUCUUCCCUCCGCCGGCGGGGCCAGACCGCUCCGUGGCGGUGGCGAUGGCCAUGGCCAGGGUGCGCCGCCGCAUCGGGACGCCGAGCCUCGGGCAGCCCUUCUCCCGGAUUUCCUUGGAGUGA